GAUAUCUCUGAUCAACAAUGAUGAAGAAAAUCUGAUAAGAAUAGUCUAUGCGUCUAUCAAUUUUAAAGAUGUCAUGAUAACUAGCGGUAGACCCAUUUCGACUUCCGUCGCAUCUUUUGAUCAAAAUAAUAGUCCUUUAAUUGGAAUGGAAUUUCGGAUUUGUGCUAAUAUUUGCGUAGUGGACAAAUAUCUCAGUUGGAUUAUACCCGAGAAAUGGACUAUGGAAGACGCCGCGACGGUUCCUUUAUAUAGCAUAUUAUAUAGCGUAUAUAGCACAUGCUAUUACGCUUUGUAUUUGAGAGGUAAAAUGAAGAGAGGUCAGAAAGUGUUAAUUCAUUCUGGUACGGGAGGCGUUGGUCAAGCAGCAAUUUACCUUGCACUUUACGAAAGUUGCGAAGUAUUUAUAACGGUUGGGAGUGUCGAGAAACGAGAUUUUAUAAGAAAAACAUUUCCCUCUAUUUCCGAAAUUCAUAUCGGAAACUCUCGAGACACGAGUUUUGAACAAAUGAUUAUUCAGAUGACGGAAGGUCGUGGAGUGAAUAUCGUAUUGAAUUCUUUAGCUGAAGAAAAACUGCAAGCAUCCAUCCGUUGUUUAGCAAAGGAUGGUCGUUUUCUCGAAAUUGGAAUGUUUGAUAUGAUUUCCAAUAAUACUUUAGAAAUAUUUGUAUUCUCAAAAGGCAUCAGCUUCCAUUGCAUAAAAUUGGAUGAACUAUUUAGUGCAAAACAAGAGAAUAAGAUAAUAUUGUCAAAUAAAAUAAUAGAAGGUAUAAAGAAAAAGGCUAUCAAACCGUUAUGCAGAAAAAUCUUUGGAAGGGAUGAAAUAGAAACUGCGUUUAGAUAUAUGACUGCUGGAAAACAUAUUGGCAAAAACAUAAUAAAAAUUCAUAAAAAAGAUGAACCCUUGGAAGCGCCUAUACUUGCACAUCCCCGGUAUUAUUGCCUGGAACACAAAUGCUAUAUCGUUUUAGGUGGUCUAGGUGGUUUCGGUAUAGAAUUAAUUGAUUGGUUGAUUUUACGCGGUGCAAAACAUCUAAUAGUGACUUCGCGAACUGGGAUAAAAAAUGGUUAUCAGCGAUCAAGAGUAACGUUAUGGCAAUCUUACGGUGUAAAUAUACAUAUCGUUACAGUUCUUGAUACUUCGAGAUAUAAAGACUGUGAAUCUAUAUUAAAAUUUGCUGAAGAACAAGGUCCUGUGGAUGCUAUAUUCAAUCUUGCAGUUGUGUUAAGAAGUGACAUAUUCAAGAAUCAGUCCCCACAAACAUUCGAAGAAUCCUUCAUGUUAAAGGCAUGGACGACGAAAAAGAUGGACGAAUUAUCGAGAACAAUUUGCACUCAGUUUCGACAUUUUGUUGUUUUUUCUUCCAUUUUUUGCGGAAGAGGUAACGCAGGCCAAACAAAUUACGGAAUGUCAAAUUCCGUAAUGGAAAGAAUUUGUGAAAGAAGAAGGAAAGAAGGUUUACAUGGUUUAGCUAUACAGUGGGGCGCUAUUGGUGAAGUUGGACUUGUUGCAGAUAUGCAAGAAGAUAUGCAAGAAGAUGACAAAGAACUGAUUUUUGGAGGUACAUCGCAAAAAAAAAUUUCCUCUUGCUUGGACACAUUAGAAGUAUUUUUGCUACAAGAUCGGUCAAUCGUAAGCAGCAUAGUUGUUGCUGAAAAAAAAAAUUCUAGCCAAGCAAUGAAUCCAUUUAAAGCAGUUGUAAAUAUUAUGGGUUUGAAAAAUCUAGAUACAGUGGCGCCAAACGUAUUACUGGCUGAUCUAGGCAUGGAUUCAAUGAUGGCGGUAGAAAUUAAACAGACAUUGGAGAAUGAAUUUGAUAUUUUAUUGACAGAACAAGAUAUUCUAAAUCUCAAUCUUGCUGCACUUAGAAAAAUGACAAGUGCAACCGAGCAAGAAAAGAAUUAUGAUGCUACUGAAGCUGUUACAAAUAAUUUGGACGGUGUCGAGGCAUUGACACGAAAACUUAACGAUUCUGAUUUUAAUCCAGCUAUUUAUGUAGAAUUAAAUACAAAAGAAGAAAUUGCUGGAAUAAAACUAUUUCUUAUACCAGGAAUCGACGGAUCUGCAGGCGCAUAUAAACGGAUAGAAUCGAAAAUUAAAUCUUUGGCGAUGUGUUUGCAACACGGUGCACUUAAUAUGCCGGAUGUUACUCGUUCAAUAAUGAAAUCAGCAGCAUUUCUUCUGCCGUAUAUAAUGAAGAAAAUGAAAGAGCAAGAAAAAUUUUUAAUAGUGGGUUAUUCAUUUGGAUCCUUAAUUGCCAUUGAAUUAGCAAGAUUAUUAGAAGCUAAAAAUUUUGUUGGCCGUUUAAUACUUAUAGAUGGUGCUCCUGAUUGGGUGAAAUUUUUGGUAGAAAAAUUCUUUAAUCAUACUUUGCAACAAGAACUACAAAAUGACAUUUUACUUCGUUUCAUGAAAAUUUAUCUCGAAUCUGAUAAUAAAAUGUCUGCGUCAGAGCUGAAUAAGUGCAGUACAUGGGAAGAGAAAUUAGAACUACUUACUGCUCACUUUUCGGAGAAGAUCAAUGUAUUAAGUGUUGAAAAUCAAAAAUUCUUAUAUACAACGAUUUACCAUCAUAUAAUCGCUGUACAAGGUUAUGAUAUAUCUUUAUUGCCACCCUUAAAAUCAUCUAUAAUACUAUUAAAACCCACACUUAGGCCUAUCACUUUUCCUGAAGAGGAUUAUGGUCUACAUAAGAUUACUGAAAGUGCAGUGCAAAUUCAUUACGUACAAGGUAGUCAUAUCACAAUGAUUGAAAUGUAG